AUGAAUCACAGCAUAAAGAGACCUAUGAGCCAAAAAAAGACGAUAAUUUCUUUGGCUAAGAAUGGCGUUGGAGCAUUUGUCUUUCCAUGUCGAAAAAUUGAGUUCACAUAUUGUGAACGUAGUGGAAGUAGUCGUGGAAUGAUUGGAUAUUUAAAGACUCGUUUGAUUCCAUUCGCCAGGAAAAAUCCACAGAUUGAGAUUGUGGUAACACCUAGACCUUCAAAACACCCAUUCGUUCGCGGAUUAUACUUAAAUGGUAGAGAAAAAGGAAUAAGUGUAAGGAAUAAGACCCCCGAAGAAAUCGUGGAAACAGUGAAUCUUAUACGUGAUAAUACGGGAUUCAAGAACAAUAAAAGGUUCAAGAAACCAGUAAUAUCUACUACUCCAAGCGUUAGAGGAAUAUGGAGUCCUUUUAACACCCAACCUCAUAAAAUCUAG